AUUCUCACCUCAAGGUAAAGCUACGGCCGGACCUACGGUUCCCUGUCCUGUCCUGUCUCUUGUGUCCACGAUUCCCCAAUCCGAUGCCGGCCGGCCAUCCGCAGCCGCAGGCGCACGAGCCCAACGGCGACGCCGGCGCCGGCAGCGGCAGCGCGAGCCACUCCAACCACCGCUCAUCCCCAUCCGCGCCCCACCCGCUCCCGGCGGAGGUGGUGCCGGCGUUCCCGCCGCCGGAGUCGGAGGACGACGAGACCUGGGUGUGGACGCAGAUCAAGGCGGAGGCCCGGCGCGACGCGGACGCGGAGCCGGCGCUGGCGUCCUUCCUCUACGCCACCGUGCUCUCCCACCCGUCCCUGCCACGCUCCCUCUCCUUCCACCUCGCCAACAAGCUCUGCUCCUCCACGCUCCUCUCCACGCUCCUCUACGACCUCUUCCUCGCCUCCCUCACCGCCCACCCCUCCCUCCGCGCCGCCGUCGUCGCCGACCUCCUCGCGGCCCGCGCCCGGGACCCCGCCUGCGUCGGCUUCUCCCACUGCCUCCUCAACUUCAAGGGCUUCCUCGCCAUCCAGGCGCACCGCGUCGCGCACGUGCUCUGGGCGCAGAACCGCCGCCCGCUCGCGCUCGCGCUCCAGUCCCGCGUCGCCGAUGUCUUCGCCGUCGACAUCCACCCGGCGGCUGUCGUCGGCAAGGCCAUCCUGCUCGACCACGCCACUGGCGUCGUCAUCGGCGAGACGGCCGUCGUCGGCGACAACGUCUCCAUCCUCCACCAUGUCACGUUGGGCGGGACCGGGAAGAUGGUGGGUGACCGGCACCCCAAGAUUGGGGACGGGGUGCUGAUUGGCGCCGGCGCGACCAUUCUCGGCAACGUGAUGAUUGGUGCCGGGGCCAAGAUUGGGGCCGGGUCCGUGGUGCUGAUAGAUGUGCCAGCGAGGAGCACGGCGGUGGGGAACCCUGCCAGGCUGAUCGGACGGAGGAAGGGUGAGGGCGAGAAGGACGAGGCCAUGCCCGGAGAGUCCAUGGAUCACACCUCCUUCAUACGCCAGUGGUCCGACUACACGAUCUGAGGGAGCCAUUUCCAAAGGUGUAUUACUCAUCCUUUGUACCAGUAGUCGUGAUGUACUACUCCCUCCUCUUGUCACCUAAAUCUGAGACAAGUAAUAUGGGUCGGAGAGAGUAGUUCUGUUCGUUUUGUUUGCAUGUCGAUGAGCAUGAACUGUGCUGCAGUGUGUUUGACCAAUUGUUUCUUCAGCUGAGUGGUCAUGCUCGGAUACUGAUAAUCAAUGAUUGAUGGAUGAAUAAAUUUGUAUAUCUAUAGUGGAUAUGUUCUUUUA